AUGAGAGACAGAUAUUUCACUUAUAUUACGGGGGAGUGUUAUGUAGACCUCCCUAAAGAAAUCACAGACACACAUGAGGGUGAAUGUCAUAACUAUUCGCCGGAAAUUCGGUAUCUAUUAUAUUGCUUAUUGUUUUCUGAGAAAUAUCAGCUGAAUCUGAAUGAACAAUCAUGCAGGGAUACAAGAUACAACAUCAGAGACAGAUAUUUCCCUGAUCUUUCUAAUGACAGUUCAGUAGAUCUUCCUGAUGGAAUCACAGAAACACGUGACGGUGUGAUAACGUUUAUAUCAGACGACAUCCGACAUGACGUCAUGUACGCCUUUGUUACGGAGUGUCUGUUGGAGGACAGUGACCUGGAGUUUUUCCUGACCACAGCGUCACGUGACGUGAUCUCAGAAUACUGCCGGUCCUGGGAUUAUGAGAGGAGUGAGGGAGAGAGAUGUUUGUAUAUACCGGAGAGACCAAAGAAGAUGUACGACCUCUUUUUAGACAAACUACAGCUGGACAUCAUCACACACUGUACCGUGUCUGACAAAAGGAUUAAGUUCAAGAUCAGUGAACGUUUGGGAGUCCCUACAGAAGUACUAGAGUGGGACCAGGAGGCCAGAGAGCGGUAUGUGGAGUACGCUAAGACAGGAACACGGACAGUCCACCACGCCCGGGGGAUGAUUGUAGGAUGUGCUGGGGCGGGGAAAACCACGCUACUUAAACGUCUGCUCAGGUGUCGUGAAGAAGAGAUAAUGGAAGUUAAGUCUACUGAGGGAUUGGAGGUGCAUGAGGAAAUAUUUGAAUUAUGUGAUGAAGCAAAGUCUUUGAAAGCCAGAGGAAAAUACAAAGACCAAAACAAUGUUGAAAAUCAUACUAAAAGAUUGGAUGGAAAGACCUUGACGUUCUUUGACUUUGGGGGCCAGUGUGCGUACUACGCCUGUCACCAGAUUUACCUGACCAGGAGAGCUUUCUAUGUUGUGGUGGUGGACGCCUCUAAAAAUCUUGACCAGAAGGUGGAUAAGGAAGUGUGCGAUCAAGAUGGGAGUGUGUUCUCUGGUUGGACAUAUGGAGACUACUUUGUAUUCUGGAUGAAGUCUAUACAUACUUACUGUGGCUCAGACAAUGAAAACGACCUAAAGCCUACAGUACUUAUAGUAGCAACCCAUUGGGAAGAAGGACUCAGACAGUUUAAGGACAAGGAUGAUCUUAUGGACAGUCUGCGAGACCAGCUUCCUAAGUCAUCUAAUUUAUCACAGUACAUCAGACAAGAUAGAUUCCAUUGUAUACAGCUAUCUGAACCUCUUGAUGAUUUAGAAAGAAGCUUCUACAAUAUUGCUUGUCAUUAUCGAUGGAAAGAAAGUAUUCCAAAAGAAUGGCUUUUCUUUCAAAUAGAAAUCAACCAGAAGAAAUAUUCUAAACGAAUUAUUGAAAUCUCUAAAAUAACAACAGAAGUUCCUGAGACUACUGUUUAUUCUCAGAAAAAAUCAAACGAAGAAUCAAAAGGAAAACUAGAUAUGCUACGAUAUUACCAUGAUGCUGGGAAAGUUUUGCAUUUUGAUGAAGAUGGUCUGAAAAAGGAAGUGAUUAUUGACGUGCAAUGGUUUAUUGACGCCUUCAAACAUAUAAUCACAGACAAACUACAUUUUACUGGUAUUCCUGGAAACGAGGAGGAUUGGGACGAAUAUUACGAAACUGGAAAAUUAAAAAACAAUCUUCUUAAAAUGAUGUGGAAACGUAAGGACGAAGAAUUACAUGAAACACUAGAGGAAGACUAUGAAUCAGACGAAUCCGACGUAUCCAACGAAUCCCACGAAUCCGACGUGUCCAACGUAUUCGACCAUGACGAAAGAUUUAUUGGAUAUCAUAAGGAAUCACUUCUUAAUUUCAUGCAGAGGCUUGGUUUACUGGCUGUUGGUGAGGAAUUCCACUAUGUUCCAUGCAUGAACCGGAAGAAGGUAGAGGCCGCUGUCCCAGAUCGUAUUCGUCGAUCGGAAAGUAAAUCAUCAGUUCUUGUUUAUCGAUUUCAAUUUCUACCCUUUUUCUUCUUCUUCCGUCUUGUUGUCGCUUGUAUGCAAGAAAAAGGUUGGAAAGUACUAGAAUCGAAUGAAACAUCAUGCCUCUACAGGAAUGCUGCUUUGUUUUCAUUUGAUGGAUAUAUUGUUGUUUUAUCCGUCACAAAAGAAUCUAUACAACUUCAAAUAUUUCAUCCAAAGCCAGGUUGUAUUUUGGAAAGAGAUAAAACUCAAAAAAUUCAAGAAAAGGUAGAAAAUAUGUUGAAUAAUUUUGCAGGAAAAUUUCACAAAAAGCUGUGGUUUGCACGAGGCUUUAGAUGUCGGGUGGAAGAUACAAAGCUAAUUGCAAUGGAUAUCAAAGGUCAUUUCCUAUCAGAGGAAAAUAUUCCAAAAGACGAUCAAGAAAUACUUUGUCCUUUUCAUUCAGUUAUUGAUCAGCAUUUCAUCAAUACAAAAGAGCUGACGAGAUAUUGGAAAAUAUAAAUGGAUGCAAAAAUAAUUACAAUAAAAGCAUACCAAAUGUGUAAUUCUUGGACGGAAUAAGUUCAUUGUGUAUUGUAAAUUUCUUAAUAACACACGUGUAUAUUUUUCCUAUUCUUUUAAGUCACUAUUAGUCAAGUUGCUGUCAAUUUUUUUGUAUAUAUUUAGAACUAUAAUCUCUGAGAUAUUUUUCCAGAAGAGUGCAAAAUCAUUUGUCAUUCAAGAAUUUCAAAUUUAUUAAAUUGGGAAUCAGAAGAUAAAAUGACAAAACUUAACCGGAAAAUUGUUAGAUUCAGAGAAUUAUAGAUCCUUGUAUUUCUUUCUGAGCUAAAAUAUUCACGUCUUAAUACCUUAUUCGUCUUUUAACUUGCAUGUAUACCAGGUAUAACUGAAGUAUGUUCUAUGGAAUGUAUGUUGGUGCUGAUGUUCUAGGUAGUUGUAUAAUUAUAUAAUGUGUGUUUAUGGUUCUAAACAAAUUAACAUAGCCUGGUUGUUAGAGUGCCGUAGUUUUAUGAAACUGUAUCCUAGAAAGCGCCCAAUAAAUGACAAUAUGAGAAAAUGCAUAUCAACGACGAAGACACAAUGUUUGUUUAACUUACAACGGAUGAAAAUUUUUCUUGUAAAAUUAUAAAUACAACAGGGAUCAAAUGAACAAAAGUAGGAAAUUUCCUUUAAAAAUCUACGACUAGUUAGGGAAAAUGUAGUCUUCCUUAGUCAGUAUAGUUUCAAGUUCGAACAAAUAUUGCCUCCAAGAUAUUGAACUAAUUUCAUUGGGGGGGGGGGGGGGGGUCCAUACUAAUUUGCGUAUGUGAGCGAUGUAGCCAAUGGAGCUCAUGUUGUAAAUUUUAAAACUAAGGUUUAUCCGGUAUAUUAUAAUUCAUACUAAUUCUAAAAGUUACAUCCCUCCUGCAAUAAUAAUAGAAAAAUUCUCCAAAAAAAAAUUCUUUAUUAUCAAACUUAACUAUUUAGUUCUGACAUUUUGUCCAGAUUAUUAAAAUACUUCGGAAAUUUGUCGUUGUUGAGAUGCCUAUUUAUUGUCCAGCACCUCUUUUAUGUUUACGUUAUAUAAUUAAUGUGGGACAAUGGUCCUGGCAUGAUAAAUCGUUUGUAGACCAGAAAAAAAGAAAAGAAUGUUAUGUUACCUACGUGCAAGUUUAGCUUAAUGUUGAAGUAUUUGAUGUUAAGAAGAUCCAAUUUGAUAGUUUUUCUUGUUUAUCUCCAAUUAAACUGCUUUUUAAUGUACCUUUUAUGAUGCAUUACCAGUCAUAAUUUUUUAAAUUAUACAGUGUAUGUUGUUGUUGUGUGCUAUUUUUUAAAACUAGUUGGCGGCAUUGUGAAAGAAAAGACAUUUUAUCUUUUAAAUUUACUGUCACUGGCAAGGUAUUAAUUUCAUACUUCAAACAGAGAUCACUUAAUUCCGCCUUUUGUCCCCAAUUCAAUCACAUUGAUAAAUGUACUUUACAGGGUUUUGUCAUACUCAGAUUUGACCCUUUUGACCCUUGUUAUGAAAAGCAGAGUUUAUGCCCUGUCGGUCUCUCUGUAUUUCUGCUUGUCCGCAAAAAUUUCUCCCUACUCAUAACAUUGAUCGGUGCUAUGGCUUUCUUACUUUACAUGUGUAUUCUUUGUGACAAGAUUCAUCCUUUGGGUAUAAAUAAAAUUGACCUUGGAUUUUGACCCACUUUUGCAAAACAUUACCAAACUUUAACCUUGGUCAGUUUUUAUUAAGGCCCUCAUAUUUCCCACGUCUUACUUUGGAUACUAACAGUUCUGAACUAUUGAUCAUUCCUUUUUGUGUUUGAUCUUCUGUUAAAAAUGUUAUCCUUUGACAUACAUAUAUCUUUUGAACAGUAGCUGAUAGGGCUGUAAUAUUUCACAUUUAUCAUUAUAGUUUUUUUUUUAUAAUUGGGAUUACGAUAGAAUUCAUGACGCACUAAAUUCAUGUUCAAAACGAGCUUGUAUGUUUGGAGAAAAGGGGAAUCCGUAGGGGACAUGUAUUGAUUAAUAUGCAAUACUCUCAGAAUGCUUGUUUUUCUUAUGACAGGACCUCUCCCUGCGUACCUUAAGUUUGACCAUUUGACCUUGGAGUUUGACCAAUAUUAAAAAAAAUGAUUUGAACGGAUGGCGCCUGGACUUUCGUAUUUUAGAGAUAUAUGUUCACUGAGACAAGUCCUUUCUUUAUCUGUGAAACGUUUGUUUUAUUAUUAUUUUGGCAUUGCUCUUUGGAGCUAGUUCCACUUGCAUAUCUGAAAAACUUAACCUUCGCCAAAAGCUGUCAUACGAGAGUGUCGGUAUGUUAUAGUUGAAAUCUUGUAUUCUUCUAAACUAUCAAUUUCCAUCCUGAUACGAGGGUUGUUCCAAAAUUUCGUGGACUAGCGCCAUGAAAUUAAAAGCGCUUAACAUGCUUAAGGUGGGAUGCCAUGCCAACUUUUUAUUCUUUGAUUAAUUCUUUUUAAACAAUUGUUUCAGUAUUGAUA